CCACGGCACAGGGGCUUCCGGUUCCGGGGGUUCCAAGACCAGCAACCAAGGAAGAGGGGAAGCAAAUCGAUCAGACGGCACCAGCACGCCGCGCCUCCGCCCGCGCGCGCCCAUGUCCUCCCCCGCCACCCGCCGCCGCCGCCCUCCGCCGCCGCCGCCGGCGUGGACGCCGGAGCCCUGGAGCGACGGCGAGACGUCCGCGCUGCUCGAGGCGUGGGGCCCGCGCCACCUCCGCGCCGGCGGCGGGCCGCUCCUCACCGCCGACUGGCGCGCCUGCGCCGCCGCCGUCGCCGCCCGCCGCGCCGCGGGGGGCCGCGCGCCGCGCACCGUCGACCAGUGCAAGAACCGCAUGGACUACCUCAAGAAGCGCCUCAAGGCCCUGCGCCUCGGGCCCUCGCCGCCGCCGCCGCUCUCCGGCUACCUCCGCCGCCUGCGCAAGCUCCUCCGCCAGGCCCCCUCCGUCCCCUUCGGCGUCUCGCACCGCCGCCACGCCCCCUCCGUCCCCUUCGGCGUCCCGCACCGCCGCCAGCCCGCCAACCCCAAGCCCAAGCCGGAGGACGACGACGACUACGACUACGACGACGACGACCCCGUCCGCGGGGCUCCCCUGCACCGCGACCUGCCGCCGGUGCCGAAGCGGCGGAGGACGGCGGUGGCGCUGUCGCCGGUGAGCCCCUCCGUGGCGCACUCCCACGGCAACGCAGCCGCGGGCUGCACGGAGGUGGCGGCCGCCCUGGACAGGCUGGCGGGCACGUACGAGCGGGUCGAGGCCGCCAAGCAGAGGGAGGCGGCGCGGCUGGAGGAGCGGCGCCUGGAGACCAUCCGCGACCUCGAGAUCGAGCGCUUGCGGGUCCUCGUCGACGUCGCCGUCCCCGCCCCCGCAGAUGCGGAAACCCCGUCCGCCGCUCCCGCUCCAGCUCCCGCUCCCGCCGCCGCCUCGCCGGCGGCGGCCUAGUUGAAGAAGAACUAGGACAAUAGGCAGGCCACGGUGGCCAUCAAGAUUAUUCCAGACCAUCUUUCCAGGAGAUCAUUGCAGUGUGGACAAGACAAUAGACGAUGUCAGGCUCUUAACAAAAGUUACUACGGAGUACAUGGGUUUAGGUUACAGGAAAAGCUUAGCCAGAUAUAGGGAUACUAGCACUCACAUGAUGAGUUCUUUUUAGUUCAAUGAUUGCAGGAUGAUUUGCAUUACAGCAGUGCAAAUCGCCUGGACGUAGCAUCGUUUUGUUUUUGCGACUCAGACAAGUCUUGUUCGUAAGUGGUAGCUACUGCUGUUUAUACCCUUUUGUUUCCAGCUUUACAAAUCGUUCAGCUGUGAGACGUAGUCGGUAAAUAUGAUACUAGUAUUUCGGAUAACUUUGUGCAGUUCUUACGUUGGUGCUGUUGCUAUAUAUAGUUGCCUGCUGCUAGAAACAUGAUCUGGAAGAGAGUAUGGUAA